AUGUUUGUGGCCGGAGAACGGGGUAUACCCUCGGUCGAAACGACCACCAUCAUCGAGAAUAUUGUCCAGUACCAGACCAAGCACAUGAUAACCACAGCGAGCGAACUCGCCCGUCGACGGGGCCAAGCCCGAAUCACAACCAACGACAUUUUCUUCCAAGUACGACACGACAAGGCACGGCUGGCCCGGCUACAAAACCACAUGCGGUGGAAGCGCAUCCGGGCCAAGGCCAGGGCGAGAGCCAAGGAGCCGGAAGCAGACGAUUUGGAUUUGGAGGACGUCCAGGAUCAGAUAGAAGACGAGGACGUACACCUGGCCCCUCUCCCGUGGUCUACGCUCUCCCUGUUCCGACAUGUCUCAGACAUCUCCUCCCUCCUCGAACUCGAACACACCGAUUAUGCUACCACCACCACCAGCAUCGGGGAUCCCGUAACCUAUGAGAACACACCCGGACAUAGACACCGACCCGAAUCCGCUAUCCUCUCCCAACUCAUCAAAAACGACCAGCACACCCAAUCCAUGACCCGAGCUGAAUACGCUCACUGGUCCGACUGCCGUGCAGCCUCCUUCAGCCACCGAAAACCGGCCAGAUUCCGGGCAUGGUCCGGCCUGGGCGCAGUCGCGGGCGUCAAGGACGACGACUUGAGAGAAAUGCUGGGGUUUUUUACUACCGAGUGGGUGCAGAGGUUGACGGAGGUGGCGAUUGGGGUUAAGAAGGAGGAGGGUCAGGAGUCUACUCGACGGGUGAAAGUUGGAAGCGACAAGGAGGCUAAACUGGCAAACCCGGUCGAGCCGAGACAUGUGAGAAGGGCAUUUGAGAUUCUGCAGACGCCAUCUAAGAAGUACACGGCGAUGAUGAACGGGACGCAGUUGAGACAGCGGAAGCGGCUGAGGUUGUUUUAG